UAUUAUUGUUGUAAAGCGCAACGUUGAGGAAGGACUAGUGGGUUCAUACAUGUAAAUGCUGUUGCUAAUUAGGCCUAGUAAAAACGAAGUUAAAUUUUGGUGUCAUUAUCCUGAUUCAAGGCUAGGUCUGGAUCAUGGAAGAGGCAACGGUUGAGAGUUUGGCAGAAGUAUUUAGAUGUUUCAUCUGUAUGGAAAAGCUUCGAGAUGCUCGCCUCUGUCCCCACUGCUCUAAACUCUGCUGCUUCCCCUGCAUAAGAAGAUGGCUUACCGAACAGCGAUACCAAUGUCCCCAUUGCCGAGCCCCAUUACAGCUUCAUGAGCUUGUGAACUGUCGAUGGGCUGAGGAGGUAACAAAUCAACUAGACACACUACAACUAUGCACCCCACACUCAAGAUCAGACGAACAAGAAAGAGAUAAAUGUGAAGCCCACAACGAGAAAUUAAGUGUGUACUGCUGGACCUGUCACAAGUGCAUAUGUCACCAAUGUGCUCUAUGGGGUGGGACGCAACACACAGGUCACACAUUCAAACCGCUAGAUGAGGUUUAUGAUCAGCAUGUCUCUCAAAUCACAGAGGAGGUUGCAGCAUUAAGAAGACGUCUUAUGGAGCUGAUCAGUCUCGUCCAGGAAAUUGAACGAAACGUUGAAAGUGUCCGCACUGCGAAGGAUGAACGUGUCCGUGAAAUUCGUAAUGCUGUCGAAAUGAUGAUAGCAAGACUGGAAUCACAACUGAAAAUAAAACUACUGACUUUAAUGGGUCAGAAAAAUUCACUUACGCAGGAGACAGAACUGUUAGAGUCUCUGCUGCAGGAGGUGGAACAUCAGUUGCGAUCUUGCACUAAGAGCGAAUUAAUUGCCAAGAGUGGUGAGCUUUUACAGAUGUUUACCCAGGUACAUCGUAAGCCAAUGGCGUCCUUUGUUACUGCACCUGUCCCUGCUGAUUUCAUGAGUGAAUUGGUACCUGCUUAUGAUAGCAGUAGAUUUGUCCUUAAUGCUUUUGCAGCUUUGCAGCAUAAGGCAGAUCCAGUGUAUAGUCCUCCACUGAUCACUUCUGGCCAGAACUGGAGACUAAAAGUGUAUCCAGAUGGAAAUGGUGUUGUCAGAGGCAAUUACCUAUCAGUAUUUUUAGAGCUAUCUUCUGGUCUUCCAGACACAUCCAAGUAUGAGUACAGAGUGGAAAUGAUUCAUCAGGCAACCCAUGACAGCAGCAAGAAUAUUGUGAGAGAGUUUGCCUCUGAUUUUGAAGUUGGGGAAUGCUGGGGUUACAAUCGUUUCUUCAGACUCGACUUGCUGGCUAGUGAAGGAUACUUGAAGAAUAACACGUUAAUUCUGCAGUUUCAGGUAAGAGCACCAACCUUUUAUCAGAAAUGUCGAGACCAGCAGUGGCACAUUAGUCGGCUAGAGGCAGCACAACAGCUUUAUGUCGCCCAAGUGAAUGACCUCAAAGAGAGACUUGCCAUUGAAUUGUCCAGACAUCAAUUAACUAUUGGAAAAUCACUAGACAGAACUACCGGUACUAGAUUACUCAUUGAUACUGACGCUGAAGUUAGUAUUAUUCCACCAACUACCAACGAUGAGCGCAACAGUGAAAAUGAUCAAGGAGAGAGGCACCCAGAACAGCCAUUAGACAAAUUCAAUUCAGCUCAUGCAGCUGUUGCUGUAGCAACUGAUAGAGAGUCGUCCAGCAGAAGGAACCUUCAAAAUGUGUCGGAGCAGAAUGGAGAUGCACAGUUGUGUGAGUGUGGGAUCAGCAUUUGUGGGUCUUCAUCAGAAUCCUUGGAUGAGGUUUCCAAGUCUGAUGCUGAAAAUAGUUUAGAGGAAAAUGAUAUUGAUGAAGAGAACAUGUCCUCAGAAAAUGAUGUGGACCACAGCAGAUUUUUGAACACCAGAAGCAAUGAAGAAUACCUUGUGGAAAGGGGAGCCGAGGGCCGCCUUUAUGGAAGUUGUGAUAGCACUGGUGGUGAUACUGCCCUUGGAAACCUUGAGGGGCAGCAAGGGGAAGAGAUGUUACAGACUUUGAAGAAUGAAGAGGCCAUGCUUUUACAAUUGCUGGACUUAAAGGACAGACCUACUGGUGCAGGUAAUAGCUCAUUGAGGUUUCUGCCAAGGCCACCAUAUAAGAUUCACCAUGGUAUCCUUCUUGCUACUGCUGGAGUGAAAGCUAGAGACAAAUCUGUUCUCCAUCUUAGUUCCAAGCAUUGGAAUUUAACACAACUGCAGUUACCAGAAGCACAGGUACCAACAAUAAAGGAAGCUGCUGUACAACAAAGCAAGGAAAUUAACAGAUGUUCAUCAGCACAGACAUGAGGGUGGACAUGUUGGAUGUCCCUGGUAUGGUGGUGCAAUUGAAGCAGGACUGAUCCUGAGAAGGAUGAGAACAGCUUCAUCAAACUACUCGUAGCAAGACUGCAACCAUCAGGAAGUGAUAUUUACUUGCUUCCUUCACGCUGUGAAGCAAGUGAAAGCCACAGAUGUUCUUCAUGUUAGAAUUCAAUGUCACUGCAGUUACAUAUCGAUCAAAUGCACGGCUUCCCACGAUAAAGGAAGCUGCAGUACAACAAAGCAAGGAAAUUAACUGAUGACACAGAAGAAUGUCUACCAGCACAUACGUGAAUGAAGUCUUUCGACAUGUAGAUGUUAUCGAUGGCAAUGCAAUUUGUAUCAAGAACGUUCUACAGAAGGAUUUUAUCAAAAUAAAAUUAUUUAAAAAAAAAAACCAAUAGGACAUGAGAUAUAUAAAUGUAUGUGUACAUGUCCCCGGCAUAUUUUUUUCCAAGAUUUUUGCAGAAAUUGUGAGCACAGGUUUCAGAGCAUUAUGCAAGGUUUUCAGUGGUCACUAGUGUCAGAUAUUUUGAAAGUGUUCCCAUGUUUUCUUAAGUAUAUACUACAUAAAAAAACCUUUACCGGUAUUUAUAUAAUAUACAAUAGUGAAAUACCCUAAUGCAGUUUUUCUCUUUUCUUUUAUAAAUACUAAGGACACUUUAACAUAUUCUUUAACUCUGAUAAUCCUUAAACUUCAGGACCAGUUUCAGUGUUUUGGGUGUAGUUCUUAGCACACACUUAAAUUCCUCAAUCAGAGUUUGUACUGCUGUGCACUCGCAGAUACAGUUGUUCAGAGUAGUCAUUUGUCCAAUUACUGUUGAUAGGAAAUAAGAUGUACUUUUGAAAGAAUUGUGUGAAAUUGA